CAAAGAAUGGGAGGAGAUAUGUUAAAACGCGCAGAUACCUGAGCCGCGUUGGGCAGCAUGUGGGGCUGCUGCAGCCGGCUGGGUCGGGCGACCUUUCUUUUGACAGCAAAGCGGACAGGGGUCAGUGCGAGAGGCGGGCGAGGAAAGAGCCUGCUGGCAGGGAGCCACGGUCGCGGCUCCAUUCUGCGGCCGGGAUCGGGAGCAGGCCGUGGCCCCUUCCGGAGUCCGGCGCGUAAGUGCCCCGGAGUGGGUGGGGAGAGAGGGGAGACGCCGGCGGGGUUGGGGAGAAAGCCUCUCUCCUUCCCUAUACAGAACGGACAGCAUAGUCUGACAUUCGCUAGCGUCAGUGUAAGAUCAGAUCCGCACUUGCAUAAUUCAUCAGAUCUGUAGAAUCGGUAGAGCAUGAGACUCUUCAUCUCAGGGUCUAGGGUUCGAGUUGCACGUUGGGCAAAAGAUCCCAGCAUGGCACGGGGUUGGACUAGAUGACCCUCGUGACCCCUACCAAUUCUACAAGUCUGUCAUUCCGUGUGGCAUCCCUGACCAUAAAAUGUGCCAGUUAUGUUUCAUUAGUGGAACAUUUCUCAGUCCUAAUUUUAGGAUUAGGACGUUUGGCUCUGCUUGCGAAACAGAUCCAUUGCAGUCUCCAGAUCUAGCUUCCAAUUCCAAAAGGGGGAAAGAAAUUGGGCAAAGUUGCCUAUGCUAUAUUUCGGCCUCAUUCUUUCUUUAUAAAAGAGUAAUGACCUCAUGUCUCUGUAAAGCAGCUGGGGACAAAGGUGUGAAUGAUUUUGCGUGUAGGACGUUUUAAGGAGGAAGUGGCAUCUCAAUAUCAGAUCAGAUGCUAUAUAUUUAAGUUAUUCCCAGAUCAGUAGAGAAUGGUAAGCACACCCACAUGUCACAGGAGACCUGGUGGUGUGACCAGUGGGGCUUUGUGGGUUUGUGCUCCACAGUUAAGUAGCAACUACUGUACAUAUUUCACACUUAGUGAGAAUAGUUCUAAGCUGUUUUUAUAUCUUUCAUUGCAUUGGUUGUUUCCCUAUUCCUCUGGAAUGGGAGGGAGAGGCUGCAAUCCAAGCCUGCUUUGUGCCAGGCUGGGAGCAAGGGUGGUUGGGGCCCCCCUUCUCCCUAAAAGGAACACAUUUAAAAAGGUACCACACAGUAAGUCCAGACUAACGAAUUUAUUAUAGCAUGUGAUUUUGUAGACUAUAAAAAUACUCUGAACCUGUAGAGUUUUACAACUCUCAGCAAAACACAAAAAAAAGCAUUUUGCCAAUCUUAAUAAACCCUCGCCUGCUUUAACCUAAUCACCUUUAAAAUGGUGUGUAGGCCAGCGGCCUAUACCACAUGAUGUGUUGUUUGAUGAAACACUUUCUCUUCUGAGACUACUACUCCCUUUCAAUUUCACUGUCAGAUCCUGAGUUCUAAUGAUACAGAAAUUAUGAAAAUCUAUAAGUACAUUUGACAAUGCAGUAUUUUUUUGGGGGGGGAGGAUACUGUGUGUCACGACAUAGUGUGUCAGCUGCAGUGUGUAUGUCUAAAAGUGUAUCACCAACAUGAAAAGUUUGAAAAGCUCUGCCCUAUAAAGCCACUGACAUAAACUGUGCUCACCGGUAACAUUAGAAGUUGCUAGUAGAUGUAUUUGAGAAAUGAUGGUCCAGAGACAAUAUUGCUUGCUUGAGUAAUAGCUUCUUCUCUUUACAGAUCUAAAAACUGAAAAGCCAGACGGGAUUGUUUGCCGUUUUUGCACUGCUAAAGAUAAGGUCUCCUACAAAGAACUCAAGGAGUUGCUGCAAUCCAAGGCCAUUUUGCUUGUUGAUGUUAGAGAAAAAUGGGAAAUUGAGCAGUAUGGGAAAAUUCCUGGAUCCAUCAGCAUUCCAUGUAAGCUUCCACACUUCCUGGUCAUGAGUAGAGUGAGGAGGAAAUACAAGGCCAGCUAGCUCAAAACUUUUUACCUAUGUAACAGGAGAUAUGUAAGGUUCACCCACGUAUCAUGGAUUUUAUGACCUGUUGCACUUACUUGCUUUAUAAUGAUUCAUCAUAGUCAGCUGCUUAAUUCAACAGUCAGUCUUUGUUUUUGUAGUGGGCGAGGUUGUGGAAGCUUUGCAGAUGGAACCGGUACAUUUUAAGGAGAUAUACAAUCAAGAUAUGCCUUCUAAAUCGGACAUUUUAGUGUUUUCCUGUAUGGCAGGAGUGAGAAGCAUACAAGCUCUAGCUGCUGCAAAGUCUCUGGGUUUCAGCAGGUGAGUAUAUAUACUCAGGGACAAACUGCAUAAAUGUAUCUUUACUGACUUCUACCUCUGCUUUAAUACUUACACUGAUGUUCUACUCUGAAGUGUGGUGAAUCAAUAGCUUUUCAUUCCAUAGCCCUGAUCUUUGCUUCUAAGUAACUUAUUGCUCAGUGAAGACCUAGGCCUGGCACAAAUGAAGCAAACCGGAACCUUUGUCUCCAGCCAUUCAAAACUUAUUACAGUUGCAAGUAGUCUGUGCCAUCUAUUUGUGCACAUCAGUGAAGUUGAAGCAGCACUGGUCACUCUAGUCCUUUAAACAAAAAACAAAAAAACUAGGUCAUCUUGUUUUAAGUUCUUUGGAAUGCUACAGGCAUUUCAUUCCGUAGAAGCAAUCAGAAAAAGUAAUGUUCUCGUGCAUGUAGGCUGACAGCAAACUGCCUAGAGCAGUGGUGGGCAGAACAUAGAUCAUGAUCUAGUAGUAGCACUCUGAGUGACUUGCAAUAGAUUGUCAAGGAUUCCUGGCAGCCAAUCAUUUAACAGCCACAACAAAAAAUGUCACACGAAACACCUACAUUAGACUGCUGAAAUGAAGACAGCUUGAGAUAACUAGGAUUUUUUUAAUGUAUAGAAAGACUGGAGUUCAGCUCAGUACUGGUACACUAAUCUCUGUGCUCAGCAGCUUCCCAGAAUUCUUUAAUUCUAAGUGUAUCUGUUUUGCACAGGGCUCCAUUUGCAGUAAAUAUAGCCACAGAGCCGUAGCUGGGUGAUCUUGCACACCUGGCAAAACCGUCCAGAUUGCUCCCCCUAGCCACGGACAAAUUAGCUCUUCUUUCCACCUCUCCUCCACCCAUUCAAUUCACCCUCUAUUUAAAACCUUUUCUUAUGAGGCAAUAAUCAAUAUUUUUAUUUACAGACAUAUUUAUGGACAUAUUUUAGCUGAUUUUGUGCCUCCCCCACCUGCGGCCCUGGCGGGAGCCCACCUCACCACCUGCUAGCUACUGCCCUGCAUAAAGUGACAGAUCUUCCUUGAAGAUAGUACAUGGAAAUACAGGCAACCCCUGAUUUGUGUGGGGAUUGCAUUUCAGGUCAUCAUCGCAUGCAACAAUGAAGCAUGCAUAAGCCCAUUAGGCCCCCUUCUGCCCCCUUUUCUAGCUACUUCUGGGCCGCCUUGGACAUAUGUAAAUCAGUCAUUGCCUUCAAUCUAAAACUGCCACCUGCCAUUUCACAGCUUUCCUCUUAAAAGGAAAUCCAAUUGUGAUUUUAAAAAACAUAACUAAGGUGAUACCUUAUUCUGCUUUGCUACAUCAAAGAUUCUGCAUGGACUCUGCAGAAUCUUAAUACCUUUGGCUGCUGUUACAAAAACCAGAAUUAAAAAUCUUGUAUGGGCUGCAGCCAAAUCCAGUGGUGAGAUUAAUAGUUUUUAAUCAACAAAACUAUUAUCUGUUUUGCAAAAAUGAACUAUUUGUUUAAGAGGCUAUUGUGGGUUGUGUUGUUUGAGGAAGAUAUCAUAUGCAUGCUCCUUUGUUUCCUUGUCUUAUUAAAUAAUAAUUGUUACACCAGAGAAUGCAGCAGAUAGUAUUUUGAAGUUGGAAGUAGAAGGUUAACAUUCCCGUAAAGUUUUGAGCCCACUGAGUUCUGAGCAAAUCAGUGAUCUGGCCAGUACGUUUUAGAGAAAGGAUAACUAACAAAAAUACUUUGUACAGUGUGAAAUGUUAAGAUGCUUACUUUAUGUGCUUGCAGAGCUCAGAAUUAUGCUGGUGGCUUCAAGGAAUGGGCUGAGUAUGAAUCUUCUGUGGGGAAAUGACGUCUGGAAUAGUGACCUAUUCAGUAUCCUCAUAGUACACAGAGUGAAAGCUAACUAACUUUUAUUAAGGAUCUAUAUAGAUUUAGGAACUAUUUUGUGUAGCAAUAGAUUGGUUGUGUUACACAGCAGGAAAGAACUGAUACCUGUUUUGAAUAUUCAACCAGGCUACUCCCCAUUAUGGAAAUAUCUUCUCCAAAAUUUGAAUAUUUCCUCUAAAAUAGUUUUGCUAUUUGAAUGAAAUUUGCAAUGGAUCAAUAUAAUAGCCUAAAUAAUAAUCAGGUUGUUCUCUUAACAAUGCAAUUAAUUUCAACUCUUACAUACUAACUGAAUUUUGGUUAGUCGUGAUUUCAAAUUAAAGUUUUGCAUUUUAAAAUUAGUAAUUAGACACUUUCUUCAAACAACUUUAGCUAAUUUUCCAGUAAUUUUUCCUGCACAUAAAACAGAGCUCAGAUGUUUAUCCAGCAUGUAAGAGAUAACCUUGGUUUCUUCUUCUUGCUUUUAAAGUCUUUGACUCUUUGUAUAGCCCUGCUUUUUGCUUUCUGAUAGUAAAUGCUCAUGGAAGUAAUAGUGUGUGGAAACAUGUUUUCAUCCAACAGGGGAAGUGUUCAUAGUAUGAAUACAAUAUGCUACAUCUACAUAACCUAUUACUAUUCCGCAGUUAAAUCAACAAUGCAAUCAUAUUUCCAAUUAAACAACUUCCACUGAUUUCAGCAGAUCAUGAUUCCAUUCUUUAUUUAUAUAUCUGCAAUACCACCUGGAUUUACUUGUAUCGUUUAUUUAUCACUCCAGAAUAAAAGAACCAGACAAAGUUGUC